GCCGUACUUCGACGACGGCGAGCUUGAGAGGGCCGCCGUGCUUGAUACUGUGAGCGAGGAAGAUGAGGCCGACCAUAUCCAGUGGUACAACGGACGCCGCCAAACGACAUCGAUGGGCUCCUUGUGUCCUAGGCUUGACACCCGACGGCGAGGAACUGGACAAGACGAGGACCAGCGCAAGACGCGCACGAGCGCGAACUCUUGCACGACAUCCAGCAGCAAGCCGAUUGGUGCGGAAUUCGCCGAAGCCGUCGGCAAAGGAAGAAACCACUGGGGAAGUCAGUGAUGGAGGUGUACUCGGGUGGAGCUUGGUUGUUGUGGACGCGUGGGAGAACGAACGGCUGAAACCCUCCGGACGGUACUGGGUGCCUUGGGGUGCACAUGUGCCACCCUGCGACACUGCCAUCGUGGCGGCGUGUCAAAGGGGUGGCUGGGACAAGUUCCAGCCACCAAUCUCUCCUCAAUGUUCUGGAUCUUCCGUGCGAUCCAGACCCUCCAAGAGAAAAACACACGUCCCGCUGCAUUGACGACAUUAACUAUGGGCUUUUGCCCCAGGUAGUAGACAGACAAUGAGGUCGUGGAGUGCGGUUUCCACCAGCUUGACGAGUCAAGUUUGACCAAUGGAAGUAUCAUCCGAAGCUAUGUCUGACUUGAGCUCUCAGGUGGCUGAUUGUCAACGUGGUGUUGAAUUGGACGGACCUGCUUUGAAUAUAAUUGUGUCGUCAUUUUUGUAUGCCAAAAUAAUCAAAC